AUGGUCGCACCCUUGCGGACUACACCAUCCAGAAGGUGUUCUAUAAGUUGGAUGAUUAUGGCAAGGUGCAGUGGCUCAGAUAACCGAAUCAGGCAAAUUCCUGUCAUAAACGAAUGGGGGAUGAUAGGGAUGUUGUCUUUUGGUGACGUGGUGCGUGCUGUGGUGCUGGACGUGUGUUGUAGCAGUGGGUAUUUGAGUUUCUGUUGUCCCUCAAAGUCGGAAUCAAUGGCAAGGUUGACUCAUAAAGAUGCAGUUACUUUACCGUUCCCCGACUCUGGUUGUGAUGCUGCCACCAUCAGCUAUUGGUUGAGAAAAGUGGUGGAUAGGAAAAAGGCUAUUGAGGAGAUGGUUUGGGUUUUGAAACCCGGUGCAAGUUAUCCGUUCUUUGCAUGUCUGUUCGCAGUGCAGGCACGGGACUAUGUGAAGGUACAAAUUUGCAACAGGCUGUGGGUAAAGGAGACACUUAAGGUGGUGACAGCUGAAAUAAUAGGACUGACGCUUAUGCAAUCUAUGGAGAUAAUUUCUUCUCGAACCUAA